AUGGCGAAUCAAGUCUUUGCAGUCACUGUCUUUUUCAUUUGCUUCCGAGAAUGUCUCGAAAGUAGCAUCAUUGUAUCGGUGCUUCUUGCCUUUCUUACCCAAACCUUGGGUGCUGAAGGAGAUAAGCCAGCUCUGAAGAGAUUGCGAAUUCAGGUAUGGUGUGGAGUAGGUCUAGGUCUAUUCUUGUGUCUAUGCAUCGGUGCAGGCAUGAUCGGCGCCUUUUAUGGGUUGGAAAAAGAUACCUUUACGAACACAGAGGAUAUCUGGGAAGGCAUCUUUGGAUUCAUAGCAUCCAUCAUCAUUUCCAUCAUGGGGGCGGGGCUUCUGCGUGUGAACAAAAUGCGCGAGAAAUGGCGCGUCAAGCUCUCCCGUGCCUUGGAGAAAAAGGAAAAGUCUACGACCAUGAUGGGCCGUCUGAAGGACUGGUCCGAGAAAUAUGUCAUGUUCAUCUUACCAUUCGUUACAGUUCUUCGUGAGGGACUGGAGGCUAUUGUUUAUGUCGGUGGCGUGGGACUGGGACUGCCAGCGUCUUCAUUUCCCUUGGCCGUGUUUUGCGGUCUUCUGGCCGGUGUUGCAGUAGGCUAUGUGAUGGGUGGAAGCUCCACUUCCCUACAAUACUUCCUGAUUAUAUCUACUUGCUUCCUCUACUUGGUCGCGGCAGGCUUAUUUUCCCGCGCUGUCUGGUACCUGGAGAACAAUACCUGGAACCAUGUCAUCGGGGGAGAUGCUUCGGAGACUGGCUCAGGCCCUGGAUCUUACGAUAUUCGCCAGAGUGUCUGGCACGUCAACUGCUGUAACCCAGAGCUUGGCGGCGGUGGUGGUUGGGGUAUCUUCAAUGCUCUGUUUGGGUGGACUAAUUCCGCUACCUAUGGCUCAGUGCUAUCCUACAACCUUUACUGGGUGGUGAUUAUUAUCUCAUAUGUCUGUAUGAGGUAUAAUGAGAAGCAUGGCUACAUUCCUGUCAUAACGCCGAUUGCAAGGAAGUUGAGAUUUGGUCGAUUCAAGAAGGGCUCUGAGGACGGCCAUGACUCUGAGGUUGUCGAAGAGAGGAAAGAGGUUAACCAUCUGGCCCCGCAGAUUAUUACCAGAACCAUAAGCGAAGCAUAG